AUGGACGCAUACACAAGGAAAACCAAGCUUAUGGACGUCAUGGCGGCCCACUGGAGAAGGUACAACUUUGUCUUGACGACGGACCCGAAGCGCAUGCCGCCAGAGCAACUCAAUACGCUGCUCGAGUCAAAGAGUUCGGUGGAGAAGAGAUACCCGACCCAGAAGCUCGACUCGAUCAUGCAACAUAGCUUGAUUUUUGCCCUGCUUAUGAGAGGUGGUGGCCACGGCAACCGCAGCCGCUUGAUUGGCUUUGCUCGCUUCCUGACCAACCAAGUCACCGUAGCAUUUUUCGAAGAACUCGUCCUGCUGCCCGAGUGCCACGAUCUUGGUAUCAUCCCUUGGAUGGGUCAUUGUAUGAAUGAAUAUUUCGAGGCAAUGGGUGUUGAGGCUGUCGUGGCUGUCGUCGACACUGACACCGACGAAGAAGUUCUUCUCCGCCGUCAUUUGAACAUGCACCCCGUGGGGGCUGAGAGCAGAGUUGAGUUGAUCAAGCUUCCUCCACAAGCUUAG